UAACACUUGCCCAAUCUUAUCUCAUCCAUCACUAUUAAAUGGCACAAUGAUUGAUUCAUGCCUUGUCUGAUCCUGUUUGCUACCGAAUUCACUCGCUAGAGAGUUCCAAAACCUUCAUCAAAAUCUUCCUCACGAUGUCAUCUUCUUCGUCAUACAAGAAAUACGAAAUCAGGAAGAAAAACCCUGACCCCAAAUCCUCAGUUUUGCUAGUGAUUGAUAUGCAGAAUUACUUUUACUCUAUGGCCAAGCCAAUUUUACCUGCCAUUAACACCACUAUUGAGCUUUGCAGGGAUGCUUCGAUUCCCAUCAUAUUCACUCGCCACCGCCACAAGUCCCCUCAAGACUAUGGAAUGCUAUGGGAGUGGUGGAAUGGUGAUCUCAUCAUGGAUGGCACACCUGGGGCAGAGCUCAUACCCGACUUGGAUAGAGGGGAGGAUGAUUUAGUUGUCGAGAAGAACACGUACAGUGCAUUCAGGGGUACAAACUUGGAAGAAGAACUGGUAAAUAUGGGCGGUGUGAAGGAGGUUAUGGUGACAGGUGUAAUGACCAACUUAUGCUGCGAGACCACAGCUAGGGAAGCGUUUAUUAGAGGAUUCAGAGUCUUUUUCUCGACAGAUGCAACUGCAACAUCAUCACCCGACUUGCAUGAGGCUACGUUGAAGAAUAUGGCUUAUGGUUUCGCAUAUCUGGUGGACUGUGAAAGACUUCAAACGGCAUUUUCCAAAUCUUCUUCGAGUCACCAUGGCACGAGGACCAGGGAGGAUGCAAUAGAACAGUAGAAGACUUCUCUCGUUAUUGUUUCCUGUGGUUACUUCUUGUAUAUUCAGACAAAUUUGUGGUUACUUUAAUGCCUACUUGCAUAUGCACACUUUGACGGGAAUAGUCAGUCCUGCAAAUGGUUGCUUUUAGGGA